AUGGAGUUGAUGUCAGGCACAGAUGGCAAGCAUCCCGCUGUUCAACGGCCAAGGAAUUGGUUCGCGUCCUGGAGGGCUCGCUCGAAGAACCGCUCGAAGAAUGCAAACGACGGAUCAUUCUCUGCACGCGCAUGUUACAUGCUACAUGGCAUGCUGGUCAUCAUACAUAUCAUCCUUGUUAUCUUUUAUGCCCGUCACUGGGAACACCGUGUGAUUAUCUCAAUCACGUCGACGAACAACGAUUUAUGGCCUGUGGUGCUGAGUGCUUCACUCCAAGCAUUCUAUACUAUCUACACAGCUGUCUUACUCUUCCUUACUCAACGGCUUGCGGUUUCGAGAACACUUGUACGGCGUCUGAAAUUGACUGCGAUUCACGACAUUUCUGGCGCAUGGACGGGUCUAGGCUCUGCACUCAGCAGCAUCUGGCGACAAACUGACAUCCCUGUCUCAUUGUGGACGACUGCUGGCGUAACAGCCUACCUUGCGAGCAUGUCCGUGCUGCAUGUCACCUCUUCCACUCUCCUACAAUUUCAACCGUUCAAUGCUUCUAUGGCGACUUCUGUGCCAACAACACUAGGAUGGCUAAAUGACCUAUCAAUCAAUUCUGGCGCAAACUGGGGUUCCAUUACCGCAUCCCUACCAGUCAUCAAUCAAUUGCCUGGCAUGGUCACUCCAGGGUUAUCCAAUACUACAGUCUAUGACACGCUCAAAACAAACACCGUAACAGGAAAUGCAACUGUGAAUGCAACGACAAUAACCUCGCAUUGCGGAUUGCUUCCCAAUGUCACAUACUUUGCUAAUACGAGCAUAGCCCACAUACCGACUGGCGCGAAUGGUGAAAUUGAUGGUUUCUCAGUGGGUGCGAGCCCUCUCUGGUCAGACCAAAUACAAUUUCUUCGAGUCCCAUUUUUAGAUGCUGUGUCCAGUCGUUCCCUGACUGCCAAUGAUUAUAUGCCUAAUGUCUUAUUGAUGGUCUCUACAUUAUUAGAGAUCGAGCCCUCAGUACAAGACGCGGUUGCUGUUAACAUGACUUGGGAAGAUCACAAUAGCUCCGAUGUCUUUACUAUCAUUUCGUAUGGCAUUCAGGUCUAUUUUAUACAAUGCUCGUUGUCAGUCAACACUACAAAAGGAGUGGUCGACAUGCGAACCAACAGUUUACUAAAUCCAGUGCCCAUCUGGCAGCCAUCCACGCAAUGGGAGAUAUAUCAGUGGACGAAUAUUAGUGAUUGGGCAACAGAAAUCGGCGAAGCUUUGUCUAUCCCGGUCAAUAGCGGGUAUUCAUUUGGAGAUCCAUCUCUACAUCUCACCCAACCAUCUAUUGCGGAUGAGUAUAUCAUGUCAUUGGUGGGCUUGAAUCUCACCGCUGAAGAAUUACAAUCCGGAUACCUGGCGGCUCCACCUCCUAUUGCCACUUUCGUUUUGAGACCGGGCAUAUUAGAACUGGCUGUUGCGAAAGCAGCUGCACAACUCAUUUGGAUAGCGGGACAGAUCGGCAUAUCUAAUGGAGGAUUUCAGCCUGGCAACGGGAUGGCCUAUGUCGACGAGGAGUAUAUUGCCCUCCGCCUCAAUAUCAACCUUCUUCCUUUGUGUUUUGCGGCAUCUGCAUCGGUGAUCAUGUUGGGACUGGCGCUAUACACGACAAGAGCAUUCGAUGCAUCGCAUGAUCGCCAGGCUGUCAUCCCAGACAUAGGUCCACUUCAACUCAUGUGGUUGGGUCAUCGUUCUGCCUCUAUCAAUGAAGCCCUGGAAGAUGUGGAGCACCCGACAGAGGCCAAUCUGCGCCGAGCAGGGAUGGUAGAUGUUUGUUUUGCAAAAACGAUAUCCGGCGAACAAGAGUUUGGGAGUUCAACUGAUAGUCUCACUAGUGAAGCUGACCACGGUCAUGACGAUGAGAUGUGAUUUGGGUUCAAGAAUAGUGGGCUGGCGAACUGCUGCUUAUUUAUGUUUGUACACUAUAUAUUUCGUCGUUCCAUGGUUAAUACUGCUCUGAUGCGGA